AUGGCACAAGCUAUUGGUGUUCUUGCAACCAUUAAAAAUGUUAAGUUUGUUGUACACUUAUUUAUUCUACGUGAAGUAUUAAAAAUAGUAAAUAUAUUGAGCGUUCAGCUUCAGGCCAAAUCAGCUACAUUGGGCAAAUCUGCUAGUUUAGUAAAAGGCAUAAUAAGCACUUUAGAAAAUAAUCGUUCGUCUGACCACUUCAAAGAAUUAAAGAGAAGUAGAAAAGAGCCUAGAUAUCUCCAAGAUUUUGAUGUGACUACAGUAACAGGAUCCGAUGAUGAUCUUAUUAGAACAAAGGAUGUAAAGUCAUACUGGAAAAUAAAUGCUUUUUUUCCCAUUCUGGAUGUAAUAAUUAUUAUUAAUAUGAAAAAAAGAUUUUCAGCUGAAAGUUUUCAGAUUGCUACAUCUAUUGAAAAUUUAAUGAAAAUGGAUUUUGAAGGAAGCUCAUUUUUAAUUGACCAUUAUAAGGAUGUUUUAAAAGUAAAUACUGAAGAUUUAAAGUGUGAAAUGACUGUAUUUAAAAAUAUUUUAAAUGGAAACACAGAAUAUGAAUAUUUUAAGGAACAUCUUACACAACAAGUUUUUCCAAAUUUAUUUAAACUCGUUCAAGUAGCAAUCACAUUACCGGUCAGUUCAUCCACUUGUGAGAGAUCAUUUUCGGCAAUGCGAAGGAUCAAUACAUAUUUGAGGUCUACUAUGUCUCAAAACCGGUUCAAUGAAUUAGGUAUACUUAAUAUAGAAAAAGAUAUUGUUGUAGACGUUGAAGAUAUUUUAAACGAAUUUUCUAAAACAGAAAGAAGAAUAAAACUAAUGUAA